CGGGUGUCAAAGAAUUUGGUGUCUGCUCUGAAUAAGCGCCAACAUGUCCAAGAUUCUUGCCUUGACCAAGGUUCUGCCCGUCCUCGCGGUGGGUACCCUAGCCGUCGACUAUCCCACCAUCCCCGAGGACAAAACCACUCCUUACCAACAGAGAUUGGCAAUCUAUGGAUCCAACUCUGUCUCCGUCGCAUGGAACACGUAUGAGCAGCUGAACCAGAGCUGCGUCGAGUAUGGCACCUCAAGCAGUAACUUGGACUCCAAGGCCUGCACGACCAAGUCGACCACCUACUCGACGUCGCGGACUUGGUCCAAUGUCGCCUACCUGACCGACCUCACCCCAGCCACCACCUACUACUACAAGAUCGUGUCCGGCAACUCGACCGUGGGACAGUUCCUCAGCCCGCGCACCCCCGGAGACACCACCCCCUUCAACAUGGACGUGAUCAUUGACCUGGGUGUCUACGGCACCGAUGGCUACACGCUCUCCUCGCGGAAGGCAAAGAAGUCCGACAUCCCCACUAUCGAGCCCGAUCUGAACCACACCACUAUCGGUCGUCUGGCCGAUACCAUCGACGACUAUGAGCUAGUCAUUCACCCGGGGGACUUUGCCUACGCCGACGACUGGUACGAGGACCUGGGGAACUUGCUGGACGGCUCGGAUGCCUACCAGUCAAUCCUGGAGCGCUUCUACGACCAGCUGGCACCCAUCUCCGGUAACCGUCUGUACAUGCCAGGUCCCGGCAACCAUGAGGCCGACUGUAGCGAGAUUCCCUACCUGAACAAACUCUGCCCUGAGGGUCAGAAGAACUUCACCGACUUCCUGCACCGCUUCGAUGCCACCGUUCCGAGCGCGUUCGCUUCCCAAUCCACCAACACCACCGCGCAGGCCCUCGCCGAGAAGGCCCGCAGUCUGGCCGUGCCGCCCUUCUGGUACUCCUUUGAGUACGGCAUGGUCCACGUCACCAUGAUCGAUACUGAGACAGACUUCAAAGAUGCACCCGACGGUACUGACGGCUCGGCAGACCUCGACACAGGCCCGUUCGGCUUCAAGAACGAGCAGCUUGAGUUUCUCGAAGCCGACCUGGCCAGCGUCGACCGCACGGUCACCCCCUGGGUAGUGGUGGCCGGUCAUCGCCCCUGGUACACUACGGGUGACGGGAACGCCUGCGAUGUCUGCCAGGAGGCGUUUGAGAACAUCUUCUACAAGUAUGGCGUCGACUUGGGAGUGUUCGGCCACGUCCACAACUCCCAGCGCUUCCAGCCCGUAGUCAAUGACACUGCCGAUCCAAAUGGCCUGAACAACCCUAAGGCGCCCAUGUACAUUGUCGCGGGUGGUGCCGGCAACAUUGAGGGCCUGAGUUCUGUGGGUACGGAGCCUUCGUACACGGCUUUUGCCUACGCCGAUGACUACAGCUACAGCACCUUGCGCUUUCUGAACUCAACGGCUUUGCAGGUUGACUUUAUCCGUUCCACUACGGGAGAGACUCUGGACUCCAGUGUGCUGUACAAAGAUCACUCCACCCAGUUUGUGGUGCAGUAGACGGGUUGCCGGGAUGGAAUGAUGGAACGAUCAAGACAGCAAGGAUAAAUUUGUAAAUAUGUGUACAUAUUAUCAAGAAUGACAGGAUGCCCGAUCCUGGGAAGUUUACCGUGUUCAUAAUAAUUAUAUCUGAC